AUGUUAUGGGAAUGUUUCUCGCAUGAAAUUCCUGAUCUUGAUUCUAAGCGACGCCGUGCACUUCUCGAAAUAGAUCAUGCAAACUUUCAAUGGUUUCAUAUCAGGGCUUGUGUAGUAUCUGGUGUUGGUUUCUUUACGGAUGCAUAUGACUUGUUUGUCAUAAAUUUAGUUUCUACUAUGUUAGGUUAUAGUUACUUUGACAAAAGUGGUGUCCUUCCAGCAACUGUCGAUAUGGGAUUAAAAAUGUCUGCUGCAUGUGGGACUCUAAUGGGUCAAGUAUUCUUUGGUUGGUCCGCAGAUCGGUAUGGGCGUAAAAAAAUUUAUGGCUUAGAACUAUCAAUAAUGGUCGUCGCGACGAUCGGCUCUGCGAUGGUUGCGGAUUCAUUUGCUACUACUAUUUGGGGCUCACUAAUGUUUUGGCGGUUCAUAUUAGGCAUAGGAAUUGGUGGUGAUUACCCUUUGUCAGCUGUUAUAACGAGCGAAUUUGCAACGAUAAAGAAACGAGGAGCCAUGAUGGCAGCCGUUUUUGCUAUGCAAGGCUUUGGGAUUUUAUCUGCAGCUAUAAUUUCAGUGGUUACUUUGACGAUCUUCAGGGACAAGAUAAUCAAUGAUUUAAGGUACAUUGAUUGUGUAUGGCGAAUAGUAUUAGGAUUUGGAGUGGUUCCAGCAAUUACAGCAUUAUAUUUUCGACUGACAAUCCCUGAAACACCACGUUAUACUAUGGAUAUAUUGCAAGACAUCGAACGAGCAGCUCAUGACAUCAAUAUCAUAUUGUUGAAGGAUAAACGGGGUACGCGUACUCAAGAUAAACCUACUUAUGCUGUAGAAACUCCCCACGCCACAUGGGAGGAUUUUAAAAAUUACUUUAGUCAAUGGAAAAAUGGUAAACUUUUAAUAGGAACCUCGGUCUCGUGGUUCGUAUUGGAUGUUGCAUUUUAUGGCAUAGGAUUAAACAAUGCGAUCAUUUUACAAGCCAUCGGUUUUGCGACUAACCCGCAUCCCUAUGAUGCACUAUGGAAUUUGUCCGUUGGCAAUAUUAUCAUUAAUAUGUUGGGCUCGGUUCCAGGAUACUGGCUUACAGUUUUUCUAAUAGAUAAAUGGGGACGUAAAAAGAUCCAAUUAAUGGGAUUUAUCGUUCUUUCUAUACUAUUUUUAGUUUUGGGAUUUACUUAUGAGUAUCUCUUGUCACAACCUAUGUUAUUUCUUAAUUUUGGGCCAAACGUAACGACAUUUGUUGUACCUGGUGAAAUUUUUCCCACAAGAUAUCGUUCAACCGGACAUGGGAUAUCAGCAGCAUCAGGAAAAUUUGGAGCAAUCUUAGCACAAGCAGGGUUUGCUCAAUCUAGAAAUAUAGGUGGUAAAGACAAGUUUGUCCCUCAUUUAAUUCAAAUUUUUGCUUUGUUCAUGGUUUUUGGAAUUUUUUCGACAUUAUUGAUACCUGAAACAAAAAAUCUAUCAUUGGAAGAAUUGUCAAACGAAACUCAAAUUGGAUUUGUUAGGCGACCGCAUAAACGAAGACACGUGGUUUAA